CUCUCGUUGUGAUAAGCAACCGUGACGCUUAAGUCGGACGUCUGGCUCCACUGUCGCCAAAACAUUGUCGCCAACUUCUCCACCACAGUUUGUCAAAAGAACCGACCCGAAAUGUCUCCUCAGGCUUCCCCUCAAUCUCAAUCUGGCUCAGAUGAUCAACAACUGCGCACCACAGGGCGCAUAUUCCGCCGGUCGCGACAAGGGUGUUGGACAUGUCGAAGUCCACAGGUCAAGAAGCGUUGCGAUGAGCAGCGUCCCGUAUGCGGAAGAUGCUCCCGUCUGAAGAUUGCUUGCGACUAUACCCAACGACCGUCGGUUGCAGAACGAAGAAGGGCGAAAGAGCUGGCAAACGACCCUGAUGCCCUUGUAUCCAGCCAACUCCUUCAGCGCGAGCGAACGACAUCCCCCACAGAGAACCAUUCGUUAACUCUCAUACGGAUCCCAGCUCCAGAUACGAGUGCUAGCUCCGUCACGCUACUAAGUCAGGAUCAUGAGGCCAUUCACUACUUCCGAACCGCCACAGCAAAAACGCAUCAUACCAAGACUCCUGAUUUCGGUCUUUUUUCCAUUAUGUUCGAUGUUGCACAAAGAGAUCCUAUGGUCAUGCACAUGGUCAUUGCUAUAGGCCAGAGGGAAAUGGAUUUGUGCCGAGUGAAUCCAGAUCAGAGUCCAAAGAGAGAUCCCAUCCGGCAUUACGCAUCUGCUCUGAGGUUGAUGGCAUCUGCCAUUGCGCCUGAGAACAACACACGAGACCUUGACGCCAUCCUGACAGUCAUCUGGUUGAUGCUUCUAUAUGAGCAACAAUUUGGAGAUGCCGGAUGCGAUGCUUAUGUUAAUCACCUUACCGGAGCCUCGUCCCUUUUACAACACCAUGUAAAAGCAUUGCUUCCGCCUGUCCCAAAGAACUUUAAGUCAAACGAUAAGGGGACUGUAUUCACGAAGAGCUCCUCGGCUAAUUCUAGCAUGACGCUGUCAAUCUAUUCAGCACGUAUAUUGAUAUGGCUCUUUUUGCUGGACGCCUCGGCUUCAUCUACAGGAAUUGGUGGUCAAAUCACGAGUACCCUGCUUGAAAACAAGUUUGGCUAUGGCGCUAUGCAAGAUAUUUCGGAGAUGGAAGCACUCUCCCGCUUUCAUCGGUUCUCCAAUCCCCUGUAUCGUUUACACUGGGGUGACGCUUACCCUCAGUCUGAGCUCUUAGACGAUGUUGAGAAUCGCAACAUCUACACAAUCCUGGGCCAAUGUUCACAACUACGUUUCAUGACCGCCCGUCUCGCAUCUCUCUACCAAACGGAUGCAGCCAGAGCGACUGGCGAGGCGCGUAAGCUAGAAUCUGCUAUCGAGGAGGUCGGCUAUCUUGCUACCGAAUCACUAGAGGUCGCGAGCUGCCUUUCUCCGCACACUGAUAACCGCCAUCGCUUAGUCGCCAAUAUCAGGGCGAUAGUGCCAAUGUACUAUGCAGCAGUGCUUGACUUCAUGCGCCUGACAAAGUUCGAUCAGCCUCUAGACGACCGCCAACAGCAUGCACUACGAGAGAUUAUGAACCUGGCUUUCCAAAGCUUCAAGCACGAUGGGGACAUUGCGAUGACCAGGGUCGCGUGGCCACUGUUCAUCGCCGCCCUGGAGACCAACGAUCUGCUCCACCGGGAAUGGAUACUCGCUCGCUUUGCAGCCAUUAGCAAGUAUGGAAGCAAUUAUCAAAGGGCUCAUUGGUUCCUCCUCAAAAUCAUCCCCAUGCAAGAACGGCUGGGGAAGCGCGUCAACCUACAGGAGCAACUUCGCAGCAUGGAACGCUUCGUUCUAGGAUAAUUGGUGCCGUUAAUCGGGCCGAUUACUCGUGAAUGGCAUUAGCUUUCACUAGCAGGAUCAACGUGCACAAGCGCUCCAGCGUCGGCUAUCUUCACACCACGUGAGGGCUAUCUAACGCUAGACAUGCCUCCAGAUAGUCGGCUCUCUCAGUCGGUAUCUUACCCCACACAUUGAUUGUGCAGACUGUAUGCACACCCUGAGAUAUGUUUGAUUGUCAUACCAUACUUCCGUAAGGAGGAGAUAACGAGCUUGGGUCAUGAUUUAUUUAAGAACAGACUUGAUC